CAUCUUAUCUUGCGGUACAACCAGACAGUCCAGUAAGGGGAAGGCUAAAGAUUAGUUUUGCCCUUAACUUGCCUAUAUAAGGAGACGCUCAAAGAUUUACUUUGCUUUCACUCUUCCAAUUUGCACUGCUUCUGCAGGUGAAACCAUGCCUACGACUUUUUCCAGCCACAGCAUGUCCUCUGGAAGCAUCCAGGGACCCAGAGGAAGACGCCUGUUUGCCUUAGGCAGGCCUCAGGCAGUGCCAAGUAUCCACAGGAUUAUCAGGGACAAGAGUGGGCUGUCAUAUGGUGAUGGGCAGGCAUUUAUGAACACAAAUAUUCUGGACAUGAAUGAAAAGGGUACCAUGAAAAAUCUGAAUGACCGUCUGUCUGCCUACCUAGACAAAGUGCUGUCCCUUGAGAAAUCUAACAUGCAAUUGGAGCAGAACAUCCAAGAGUUUUACACAAAACAAAAAUCAACUGGUACCCAUGAUAUGAGUGCCUAUUUCAAUGCCAUGACCCAAAUGAAGUCUGAGAUUCAGAAGGAGACUUUGAAAAAUGCUGGAUUGCUCUUACAGAUUGAUAAUGCCAGACUUGCUGCUGAUGAUUUCAGGGUGAAACUGGAAUCUGAGGUAGCCAUGCGCCUGCCUUUGGAAAGAGACCUUGGGGGAUUGCGAAAGGCCCUAGAAGAAUUGAAUGCAAGUCGAGCUAGCUUGCAGGUACAAGCUGACAAUCUCAAAGAGGAGUUGGCCUGUCUCAAAAGAAACCACAAGGAGGAGGUGGCUUCUCUCCAGGGGCAUCUAGGAGGCACUGUCAAUGUGGAGGUUGACUCCAUGCCUGGCACUGAUUUACAAAAAGUCCUGGCUGAGGUCCGUGACCAGUAUGAGGGUGUCAUGGAGAAGAAUUGUCAGGAAGCUGAAGCUUUGCAUCAAUCCCAGUGUGAUGUACUCAAUCAGGAGAUUUCUGUCAGCACUGAAACUCUACAGAGUGCUCAGAUGAAGAUGGUGGAGUUGAAACGGUUGGCCCAGGCUUUGGAGAUUGAGCUACAGUCUUUGUGGAGCAUGAAAGAAGCCCUUGAGGGGACUCUGACUGAGGUGGAAUCCCAUUAUGGGUUGGAGUUAUCACAGUUACAAAAUCUUGUGGCUGCCCGGGAGGCAGAGCUGCUGCAACUGAAAUUGGAUGCCCAGAAUCAAGCUGAGGAUUACAAGCGACUGAUGGAUAUUAAAAACAGACUGGAACAGGAAAUAGCAACCUACCAAUGUCUUCUUGAAGGAACCUUCUGUAAGCCGACGAGUGAAGACUAUCAUUGAAGAACUGGUGGAUGGCAAGGUGGUGUCAUCCCGCAUGGAGGAAGUGGAGCACUAGCUUUGAAAGAUGCGUCCUUCCCUGUAGCAGUUUUGUCAGCACAAUGAUGGUGGUGAUGGUGAAGAAGACGGGAAGGGAAUAGAAGCUCUGUAUGAGGGUUGAUUUUUUUAUUUUUUUGGCCUGCAAAUAAAUGAGCCUUUCAUUUUUUGCCUAGGUAACUGUUGAUUGUGAUUUUUGGAAUUAGUGGAUUUGAAAUCUUUACAUUUUAAUUUCCACACUUAUCUUGGAUUCUGUUGCAUAACCUGCUAACCAUAGCUUGGAUCACACUAAAACCCACCAUACAUCAUAAAGUGGCUUCUUUCGUUUUGUAUUAGUACAGUUAGUCCUCAACAUUUAACCAUUCAUUUAGGGACCAUUUGAACUUAUAAUGGCACUGAAAAAAGUAUAAUGAUUGUUUUUCACACUUAGGACUGUUAUAGCCUCACCAUGGCCACAUGAUCAAAAAUCAGACCUUUGGCAAAUGACUUAUAUAUGAUGGUUGUAGUGUCCUGGGGUCACCUGAUCAUUUUUUGUGACUUUUUGAGGUCAAGGGAAAGUCAGAUUCACUUAACAACAGUGUAACUAACUUAUUAAUUGCAGUGAUUCAUUUAACAACUGUGGCAGGAAAUUCACUAAACAACUGUCUCACUUAGCAACAUAAAUUUUGGGCUCAAUUGUAGUUGUAAGUCCAGGACUACCUGUAUAGUCUGAAUCAUGAAGCAUUAGAAUAUCUGUUUUGGGGACUCAAUGGAUCCAAGUACUAAGAAAUAUACAAUAUGAUUUAAAAAUGAAAUUAAAUAAUGAAAUAUUAUUCUCUGUUUAUUGGACACACUAAAAUGCUUAAAAAGGAAUUAAUAUUUUUAUGUUGGUGUUACAAGAAAUUUGAAAAUUAAUGAUUUGGUCUUUCUACUUAUAUCUUUGUUUUGCCUUCAGAUUACUAUCUAUGUUACUACAAUUAUGGGAAAAGAUAUUAUAGUUAAGAACAUCAUUGUAUUCUGAACUAUAUUACUAAAACAGAUUUUAUUAUUUCAUGAAAAGCUUUGGUUUACUAAAUCUGAGCUAUGGCAAAGAGGAUGAUUUCAUAUAUUUGGAAAGUAAUUUACCCUCCUGAUUUUAAGAAGAGGCUCCAAUAUAUAAGUUUGUUUUUGAGAAAUCUCUGCCUUCUAAAAAUGAGAAGAUGACUUGGGACACAUUUCUGUAUUGACAAUAUUUAAAGAUAAGUUUAAGGAUUAAUUUUAUAUUAUUUACAGCAAUUAUAUGGAUCUUUUUUCAAUUAUUUGGGUUUUUUUGUCUGUCAUAUUUAGUCAAUUUCAGUCACUACAGAAUCUUUAGGUUUUCUUUCUUCAUUAACAUUUUUCUUCUGUUAGUG